AUGUACCACUCGUCGGCGGCGCCGGACACGUACGGCCGCGUGCUGGUGGGCGGCAGCAAACCGCACGUCGGGUACGUGUUCGCCAACGUGACGUACCCGACGGAGCUGAGCCUAGAGGCGUUCUUGCCGCCGUACAUGGACCCGCGGCACGACAGCGCGCGUCCGCGGGUGCUGCCGGCUCCCGCGGAGGUCCGGUACGGCGAAGCGACGGCCGUGAAGUUCGUGAUACCCGCCGGUGCGGGUGCGGGCGGGGAGGUGGUGUGGGUGGCCGCGGUGGCUCCGGCGUUCGCGACGCACUCGUUCGGGAUGAACCAGCGCGUGGUGGAGCUGGGCGUGGGGAGGGUGGCGGAGCUGGACGUCGGGGUUUACGAGGCCGUGGUCGCCGCGCCGCCGACGCCCGGGGUGGCGCCGCCCGGAUACUACAUGUGGUUCGUGGUGCACGCCGGCGUGCCCAGCAGCAGCGCCGAGUGGGUGCGCAUGCGGCCGCUCGGACCAGGCACCUGA